AUGUCCAAAGUGUGUCGGCAGCCUGACCACGCAAACUUGAACAUUGGCUUCAGGAGCAGACACUCCUCUGUGCCAGAUGGCCCAAUGUCCAAAGUGUGUUGGCAGCCUAACUACGCAAACUUGAACAUUGGCUUCAGGAGCAGACGCUCCUCUGUGCCAGAUGGCCCAAUGUCCAACGCGUCUAUAUACCAAUACGGCUCAGAACUGCAGCCCCUUUCUGAGAAACUCAGCAUUUUUCUAAACAUGUCUCGUAUCAAUCAUACCACCUGCAUGGGGUCGCUACCAGUGAAAGGUAGAAAGGCUCUGACACAAGUUGACGUCUGGUUCGAUUCACGACUCACCCAAUCAGGUGUCGCUCCACGUCGUCUGACGAGGAUCAGAACUCAGUUACUCCGUGCCGUAAACAAAGCAAAAGCAAUGCUUCGCGAAUUUGCUUCGUCAUCAUGA